AGUUCCCUCCCGGUGCCGGGGGGGGGGGGGGGGGGGGGGUUGUGUCGAGGCGGCGUUUCCGGUGUGAAGAUGGCGCUGGGCUGCGGGCGGCUGGUGGCGGCCUGGGCCCGGGCCCGGGGCCUGAGGCCCGCAGUUUCCUUAGUAUCUUCUGUGACAAGAUGUCAGAGUUCCAAUAGCAGUUUGCAACAGCAAAGGAUCGAAGCGGUAACAUCCUUGUCAAAGCCACCGUGGGCGGAAGUCAAGUUGCCAGAACCGGCAGAAGAGGCAAACUACCACACAGAGGUUGUAGAUAAUGUGACGGCUAUGAUUGCCACCGGGCAGUAUGGCAGACUCUUCGCAGUCGUGCACUUUGCUGGUCGUCAGUGGAAAGUGACCAGUGAAGACCUAAUUCUGGUAGCAAAUCACAUCGAGGCGGAAUGUGGAGACAGAAUCAGGAUGGAGAAGGUGUUGUUAGUCGGCGGGGUCGACUUCACACUGAUUGGGAGGCCGCUUCUUGGGCGGGACCUGGUACGAGUUGAGGCGACCGUCAUUGAGAAGACCGAAUCCUGGCCGCGGAUCCUUUUCCGAUUCAGGCGCAGGAAGCGAUACCGCAGGAAAAAGAUAAUCAUACAACCCCAGACUGUUCUCAGGAUCAACACAAUUGAUAUUGCCCCAGCUCUGACCUGACACUACCGACCGACUGUCCCCAGGUGAUUGCAGUUCAGCUCCAGGAUUAAAGUCAGAAAGGAAAGCGUCCUGUGUUCCAGUGAACCUGAUUGAACUCUGGGUCGUUGUGGAGCUCACGGGUUGAGCUUAUGACCUGAAUGUUCUGUGGGAAACAAAAUUGUUCUAGCUCCAAAAUCUGCUGUAAAAAAAACCACAAGUUUCGACCUGUAAAAAUAAAAGUUCUUUUCUAAGUC